AUCUCUUUGUUCUUUUACGCGCUGUCUCAUUUCGAGCUGUUUCUUGACAGAGUGAAACAAAGCGCUCCAACGGAAUCUUUCAAUCUCACUCUAGGGUUAGGGAUAUCCCUAAUCCGGUUAGCGUCAUCCCCAUUUUGGAGUCAAUAUGGGCGCGGAUUCCUUAUCCACUGACUACACCACCGACCUUGAUGAGCAGAUCGCGCAACUCACGCAGUGCAAGCCACUCUCUGAACAGCAGGUUAAAGCAUUAUGUGAGAAGGCUAAGGAGAUAUUGAUGGACGAAAGCAAUGUCCAGCCUGUGAAAAGCCCUGUGACAAUUUGUGGUGAUAUUCAUGGGCAGUUUCAUGAUCUUGCUGAACUUUUUCAAAUUGGAGGGAAGUGUCCGGACACCAACUACUUGUUUAUGGGGGAUUACGUGGACCGUGGCUAUUACUCUGUUGAAACUGUCACGCUGUUAGUGGCCCUCAAAGUACGAUAUCCUCAGCGAAUCACUAUUCUUAGAGGAAACCAUGAAAGUCGUCAGAUCACUCAGGUGUAUGGAUUUUACGAUGAAUGUCUGCGGAAGUAUGGCAAUGCUAACAUUUGGAAGAUUUUCACCGACCUUUUUGACUAUUUUCCAUUGACUGCCUUGGUGGAGUCAGAAAUAUUCUGUCUACAUGGUGGACUAUCCCCUUCAAUUGAAACCCUUGAUAACAUUAGGAACUUUGACCGUGUUCAAGAGGUUCCUCAUGAAGGACCCAUGUGCGAUUUGUUAUGGUCUGACCCAGAUGAUAGAUGUGGCUGGGGUAUUUCACCUCGUGGUGCUGGAUAUACGUUUGGCCAGGACAUAUCUGAACAAUUCAAUCAUACAAACAACUUAAAGUUGAUUGCUAGAGCUCAUCAGUUGGUCAUGGAUGGAUUUAACUGGGCACAUGAACAAAAGGUGGUUACUAUUUUCAGUGCACCUAAUUAUUGUUAUCGUUGUGGGAACAUGGCUUCUAUUUUGGAAGUUGAUGAUUGCAAGGGCCACACAUUCAUCCAGUUUGAGCCAGCUCCUCGGAGGGGGGAACCAGAUGUUACGCGCAGAACACCUGACUAUUUCCUGUGAAGCUGCCUCACCCUACCAGUUCCAUUCCACUUGCUUCAUCUCCUCUCUUUCAGCCAGUCACAAUCGUGGAUCCUCAUUGGAAAGAUGCCAGCUGGGUUUGAAAUCUUAUAUUUUAUUUCUAGACUUGCUUCUCUGAUGAUUUUGUCCAAAAAGAAUAUAUAGUAGGGAGGUUAGAUUCUCUUUAAUGUGCCUUACACUAGAAAAGCUUUCCACUGGAGAAAUUGCCUAGCUAGCGAAUCACCAAUUGAUCUGACAUCUAGUGUUACAAUGUACUGAAUAUGUAGAUAUCCUUAUUUAAUUUUGUUAUCCUUGUUUUC